AUGGAGGGUUAGUUGAAGAAUCGAAAGGGAAUUUGAAGAAAAUACGACUUUUUAGACACUUUUCGAUACAAAAUUUUGAAAUUGGGCGGCCUCUGGGUAAGGGGAAAAUUCGGAAGCGUGUAUUUAGCUCGAUUGAAGGAUUCUCAUUAUGUUGUCGCAUUGAAGGUAUAAAAGUAUGGAAUGUCGCUGAUUUAAUAAUUGUUUUCAGGUGCUUUUCAAAUCACAGCUUGUUAAAGCCAGUGUCGAACACCAAUUGGAGCGAGAAAUUGAAAUUCAAGGGCAUCUCAGGUACAAAAUUAUCCGUUUUAUUAUUUUGAAUAUAUACUUUUCAGGCAUCCAAACAUCCUAAAGAUGCACACCUAUUUUUGGGACUCUAAGAAAAUCUACCUGGUUCUGGAAUACGCGCCCGGCGGCGAAAUGUACAAAUCCCUUCAGAAGGCGCGCAAAUUCACAGAAGCACAGACGGCAGUGGUCUUUUGAUCGAAAUUUUGAAACGUGUACCUCAAUUAAUUGCAGUACAUGUAUGAAAUCGCGGACGCCCUGUCCUACUGUCACAUGAAAAACGUGAUCCACCGGGACAUCAAGCCCGAAAAUUUGCUUAUCGGCGUCAAGGGAGAGCUGAAAAUCGCCGAUUUCGGCUGGAGUGUCCACGCGCCCAGCAAAAAGUUUGUGUCAUAUUUUUCAAAAUUUAUUUAUCCCGUGAUCAAAAAAAUUUCCAUGCAAAAUUAUCUCUGAAUCUCCAAAAUUUAGUUAUCUUUUUCACUCUUUGACGGCUAUUUUAAAUUUCCGCUUUAGUGAUUUUCUUUUAGAAAAAAAAAGAAUUAAUCAAAUCAGUCAUUUCAUGGUGGCCUUAUUCACGAUUCGAACAAAAUGUCGUUUUUAAUAAAUUUUUCUGUAUCCAGUACAUCUAAUCGAGCUCAUGCUACAGUAACUUCAUUUAAAAACCUUUUUUUUGGAAAAUCAUUUUUCGAAAUUUUUUUCAUCAGGAUAUUUUUAUUUAUGAACUUCUUGCUUCUGAUUUCGAUUAUUCAUGAUUUUCCGGUACUUAUUCUGUUUUUGAUACACGCUUUAUACAGCAAAAAAAAUUGAUGAGACCUUGAUACAUUGGUUAUUUUUUCUGUCCGCUCUUUAAAAAAAAACUUUGUUCCAAGAAAAAAGAUUUCGAAUCUUAAAGUUGUUUUGUCUUUUAUUGGUCUCAAUGCGAAAAUAUAUGAGUGAAUAUUGUGGAAUUUCCUUCUUUUUUUUUUAAAUGGCACAAAAUCUCGGGGACAUCGCUAGACUUGACAGUAUUAACACAAAAUAAUGGAAAAUACGAGUUAUUUUUGAAAUAAAGUCCAAAAUUUAAAGCGAAAAAUUUGCAAUAGGUGAAUUCCUUCUGUUUUGAACACGAUAUUAUAACUUUUUUGAAAGGCGUGGUAUUGAUAUAACUAUUUCUCAGGAGAAUGACCAUGUGCGGAACUUUGGACUAUCUUCCACCAGAAAUGGUUCGCGGAAGGGAACACAGCGAUAGUGUAUGUUUUAUUAUUCCUUUUUUCAAAGUAACUUGCGAUUUCGAAAUGGACGUUUUAUGCAUUAAAAAAGAUGCUAAUUACGCGAAGCUGGCUUUUUUUAAAAAGUGGCAGCGAGAAAAUUUGGGUUACAACGAAAUGGCGAAUGUUAACUAUUUAAAAAAAUUCAGAAGUUGGGUUUUAAAAAAUCCUCGUUGUAGAAUCCAAUAUUUCUCGAGGCCCCAGUACCGGCGGAAAAGAUAGGAAAUCAUUUUUUGCUCACAACUUCCUUAAAUGGAGCUCAAUUCUUUUUGAAACUUUCUAAGCACGACAUGCAUUUUGGACGUUUCAGGUGGAUCUCUGGGCGAUCGGAGUCCUUUGCUACGAAUUUCUGGUCGGUCGGCCUCCGUUCGAAAAUGACAAACAGGACGUGACUUACGCAAAAAUAACGUCGGUAAGAAGAUCAUAUUUUUAAACAUUUGUUUUUUUUAGCUUCAAUGUGGAAAGUUUUCACAAUUUUUAGGCGUUUUCGAAGUUUCUUUUUGGAGAAAAUGACUUGAAGUAGCUUUAGAAAAUGUUGGGUGAAAUUUCAGUUUUAUUUUUUUCUACUUUUUAGGUUAGAAAAUUUGAUAGUUUGCAUGUUUAUUCAUUCCACCAGAGAUUUCUUGAGUUCCCAGAGAAAUAUGGUCUGCUUAAGAUUACAGGGAUGACACAAAUAAUUGAUUUUUUUGAAAAAUUUUCGAAUCAAAAUGUAAUUUUUUUAAGUUAAGAAUGAAAGUUCCAUCUCAUUUAUAAGCUUCGUAAUAUUUAUUCUCUUGUAAAGCUGUCCUGAAUUCAUUAAAAUUUAUUUCCACAAAAGGGCUGAUUGAGCUAAAACUGGAAUCAAUUCAUCUUGAAUAAAUUUUUGAGCUUUUCAGGUGGAUUAUCGGUUCCCCGAGCAUGUCUCUCAAGGCGCGCGUUCCCUGAUCAAAGGCCUUUUGCAGAAAGAUCCGACCAAAAGAACGAGUCUUUUGAAUGUUAGCAAAAUAUUCUUCAUUUAGAUAUAAUUCCGUUUCUUUCAGGUGAUGCAGCACCCGUGGGUGGAAAAGCAUGCGCGAAGUGAAACGGACUGCCGAAAAAAGAGCCAAUCAACACCAACAUGA